AAUACAUUUAAGGCAAUACUGAAAGCAUGUGAUUAAAAUAAGUGAUUCAUAACAGGAAAGUUUUAGAAUAGAAAAUAGGUGUAAAGAAGCUGCUUGUGUGAAUAAAGUGUUUGCUAUAGGUCCUUUUUCAGGCAUUCAAAGUAUCAACAAUGGCUACACCAUUAACAAAUGAAAUUUCAACAAGUAGCAGUUCAGCUUCUAACAGCAACCUUCCCAAUUUGGAUCCUGUCAGUAAUCCAACAAAUGGCAACCCUACGACUUCAACUCCUGCUAAUCCGACUGCAACAAACAACAAUCCUUCACCGGCAAGUAACCCUAGCCCUACAGGUAUACUCAACACUCUGCCUUCAAAACUUAAUGCCGCCAUUGAGGCUAUUGCAAAAAUUCUACCCGAUAUCAACAAAACUAUCCAAGAAAAUGAAAGGCAACUUGAUGAAAUGAAACAAAGGGCAGAAACUGGAGAACAAUUCGACCAAACUAACUUACAUCUUCAAGAAUUUCAAUCUCGAGUUACUGAAGCAAAAACGUUUUUGAACAUCCUAAAACCAUUAGCUGAGUAUGGAGCCAAAGAUAAAACUGAAAUAUAUGCUGAACUAGAGAAACGAAAGCAAUCUAAGCUUCAAGAGUUCAUCAACGAUUUGCGUGCAAGAUUUGGAACAUGCCGGGAUCAAUUUCUUAAAUUUGAGGGAUCUUGUAACGAAUUCGAAAGAAGAGCCUCAGACAGUAUUGAAAGAACCAAAACCAGUGUCACUAGCAACAGCCAGGAGGUGAGGGAAGCACAACAGAAUUUCACAAAUGCCUCAUUCAAAAUGACGCUUGCUGUAGGGACAUGUCGCCUUUUUGCAGUAAUACUUUUCUUGGCAUCGGUUCUGAGCAUUUGUGGAUACAUAUCACAGCCAUGGACAACCAUUAUUUUUUCAGCAUUGAUAAUGUUUGCAGCAUGGAUUUAUCAAUACUUUUUCGCAGAAGUAGCGGUGACUGAGAAACACACAGCAAUACACAAACAAACAGCACACAGGAGCAUAAGAAACGAACAGAAAAGUAUUCGACAACUUCAAGAACAAAUGUGCAAAAUCAAGCAACAAAUAAGCGAAAAAUGGGAAGAUUUACAGCUAGUUCAUGAUGAAAUGCAAAGAAUCAGAAAGCCUUACGGAUAUGACACAAUAAAGCACAAUUUGGAAGUAUUGACUGUACAUUCAAAAAGAAUUUUAAAGGACCUUGAGCGAGUUGGUGAAAAUUUAAGCAGCAAGCCGAAUGAAGUUGUGAGUGACACCGUGCCUGGAGGUCGAAACGAAAUAGAAGUGGUCCAUAGUUUCCAUGAAUUUAUCGAGGUACACUCUAACAAUGGAGACAGCCCACAAGUAGCAAGGCAAUCACAGACUGUAUACGAAGAUGCUUCACAGGAAGUUUCACAAAUUGGACGCUUAAAACAUCCUAGUCCAGAGUCUGGCCCAAGCAGGAAGUUUUCUUUGGUCAAGAUAUCCUCUGGAGCCCAAUCUAUCCACGAAAGGAUUCACUUCUCUUUAAACGAAUUCGAAUCAAAAAUGAAAGACGGUUGCAAACCAACUGUCAAAAUCGCUCAUGGCUACAAUAGAAUUGAUAUUCCUACACUACCAACUGUCAAGCAACAUGGAAAACAGUGGCUUGUUGCUUUCUCCCCAGUAGUGGCAGGUUGUCACCUGAUAACUGUCACCAUAGAUACAGAAAUCACAGGAAACGUAGUUCAAAAUGAGAGGAUCAUGAUCGAAAACAGAGAAUCGAUUCAGCCGGGUAACAAAGUAGAACGAGGUCCUGAUUGGAAUGAUAUAGAUCAGCGGCACUGUGUUGGUGAGGUUUUGAGUGUGAGCGAGGACGAUUCGGUGAGAGUUCAGUGGAGAGAUGGGACAGAAGGAGAAUACAAGUGGGGGCAGGAUGACUUAUACGAGGUGCAGCUAAAAAUGUGACUCGAUCUAUACAAUUAGAAACAAUAAAGUGCACGUAGUUAAUACUCUUUCAACUAUAGUCUAUAGUAAUAAUUACCUUGCGCACAUGUAAAAGUUGAACACUUUAAAACUUGAUUUUGAGCUCAUAAUUCUAAAACAACUUUCAAAUUGUAUGUCA